AUGAGAAGAAAGGACUUGGCAACGGAGGAGAGGUCUUCAAUCCUUCAAUUCCUGCUUUUAGAGUGCAAGAAUGGGAAGUCACCAAGCGGCAAGAUGAAAGCUAUGGAGGAGAAGUUCCAUGUCUGCCGGCGGACCAUUUCUCACAUUUGGUUUGAAGCAAAACAGCAACAAGAUCAAGGUCAGUGUAUAAGUUCAACAGGUAAGAAGAUAUGUAGGCCAAGGAGAAAAAGAGUGCACAUAGACCUAGAACUAAUUGCAAGUUUAGAGAUAAAGCGAUCAACAAUUAGAAGACUAGCAAAUGGCAUAAACUGCAGCAAGAGUACUGUAGGGCGAUGGAUAGAUCAACGGUUGAUCAAAUCACGUACUAAUGCUAUAAAACCUGACCUUGCAGCCCCAAAUAAGCUGUUAAGGAUGAGGUUUUGCUUAGAGGCAAUGGAGUAUGAUAGGCUGCAACAUGCCAUUGUUGCUCAAGAUGGUAGUGUGCUAUUUGAUGGGAAGAUAGGCAUCUUCCCAUUUACAGAGAUGGUGGCAGCCAAGAGAUCAAGUAAAAACAGAGUGGCGGGAACUCUAGAGCAGAAGCUUAUACCUGCCAUCAAAGCCAAGUGGCCCUCAUUUUACAGCAAGGAUAUCUACAUACAACAAGAUAAUGCAAGACCACACAUAAAAAAUGAGGACAUAGAUUUUAGAGAGGUUGCAUCAAGUGAUGGUUUCAAUAUCAACAUUGUUCAUCAACCUCCAAACUCGCCCAACACCAAUAUCAAUGACCUUGGAUGCUUACAAGGUUGCAUGCUAGAGAUUUUGAAGGUGAAGGGGCAGAAUUACUACAAACUACCCCAUAUGAAGAAAGGCUCAUUGAUUAGACAAGAGAUGAUGCCACUAUGUUUGGAAGUUCCACAACAGCUUGUGAGUGGAAGCAUAGCAUAUUUGAAAGAAAAAGGUGAAGUGGAAGGCAUUGAAGACCUAAUGCAGAGGUUGGGUGUUCAUGAAGCAAUAAUAGAUGGCAUUGAAUCACAGUUCAAUGCCCUAAUGUUGCUUGACUAA